UAAAAAUAUAAAUAAAAACAUUGAAGUGAAUAUUAUAUUUUAGAAAAAAAUAUAUAUUAAAAAAGAAAAAAAAAAUUUUUGCUUUUGGAAAUUUUGUGUUUUUCUAAUAAACAUAACGAAGUAAUUUAUUUGUAUAAUAUGAUUUUCAAUAUUAAUUUCAAAAAUCUAUAAUUUGAUGUUUACAAAAUUUCUUUGAUUUAUGACAUUUCAAAAAGAGACGCUAAUAUUUAAAGGCCAAAUGAAAUAAAAAGAGAAAACCGUAAUUUGUUUUUGAAGUGUAUUUGCUGUACUACAGUUACAGAUUACAGCAGGAGCAACAUAGAAAAUAAGAAAUAAAAGCUGUUCCAAUAAACUUUUAUUUAAAAGUCGGGAAAAAUAUAGUAAUUUGUGGCGAAAAUUUCAUAUUAACUUUCAGAUCAUUUGUUUAUAUAAGUUGAAAAACUAAACUGAAUUUCAUUUCGAUAGCCAUAGGCUUUCAACUUAUUACAAUUUAAAAUUAAAAUAUAUAGUCAGGGACGGUCUAUUUUCUAGUGUUUGGAAAGUCAUAUGUACGUUAAAAAGUUUUGAAUUUGUUUCCUCUAAGCAUCGCAGUUUGGUAUUAAACAGUCAGUAAUAAAGCUGAAGAUAAAGAAUAUUUUCAAAGAUGUUUCCAUUUAAAUUGUGAAAAAAAUUAAAAAUUUGUUAAAAAAUGGAACCAGAUUCAAAACCUCAGGAAAUAUCUAGCAUAGCUUCUAAUACGCCAGAACAAUGUCAAGGUGACGUAGAUAUGUUAGAGCAUAAUAGGGAUAAAAUUUUGUUAUCAGAAAAAGUGCCGUGCAAUUCAGAAAAUGUAGACAAUAUAAUUGAAGGGAACUCUAUAUCAGAUAAAAAAUCUUUAGACCACUUAAAAUCAAAAAGUGAGAAUGAUAGAACCGUAACCCCACCAGUUUUAGAGAACAUAACGGAAAAAACUGAAAAAUCACCAAUAAAAGAUGAUCAGGAAAAUGAAACAGACCCUUCUCAACCAAUUUUGUCAAUCGACAACAGCGUUCUUUUAUCACCACCAAAGUCAGAACCUCAAGGACCUGUAAUAUCACCAACUGACGAAAAUACUACAGCAUCUAUUUCACCUCCUUCCGAAUCUCAAAUGUCUCCGCUAGUUUCUGCUGAAGUAAUUGAACAUGAAUCUAACCAAUUGAAGGACAGUAAGGAAAAAAAUAUAAGUAGGCCAGAUGACAUUGAAACAGAAAUUUCACAGGAUGCUUUAAAGGAUCUAAAGUUUUCAACAAAUUCCUCAUCUUCAAUAUCCUCUCCCUCUCCAGGAAAGAAAGAAGAAAAAGAUAUUAGAAAAGAAUGUAGAUCCGAUAAGAAGAAAUUACCUGAAAAUUAUAUUAAUUUAGUUGCAAAUGGAACGAUACCAAAGUCAGGGAAACCAUCCAGUGCAGCUGCAUUAAGUAAAAAAUUAAAAUCGCGUGGGAGACCUAAGCAAAGAAGAGAAAUAGUUACAGUUUAUCAAAGUGAAAUAAGUGAUAACGCCGUUGGAAUAAAAUUAUGUAUCAAAAAGUCCGAUCAAUCAGCGUUAGUAAAAAAGUCAACCAGAAAGAGGUCGCAAAAACCUAGGUAUAAGGACAUAGAUUCAGAUAAUGAAGACAUUUCUAUAGGGCCAGAAAAGAAGAGGCGAAAAGAAAGAUCUAAUAAUUCAGAAAAACAGAAAAAGUCGAAUGUAUCCGAUGUUAGACCUUUGAUUGAUCAAAGUCCGUGGGGUUGUAAAAUUCCCGAAGAAAUUUUGUUCGAGAUAUUUAGCUAUGUAGUUGAGUCUGAAGGUUGUUUACCAACCUUAUUUCGUCUUGGUCAAGUUUGUACUCUUUGGAGAAAGGUUUCAAUAGCACCAAAACUGUGGAGUAAUCUUGAUUGGGGAUCCUGUAUAAAAGAUAGAUAUAGAACUGAAGCUAAGCUUAAAUGGUUGAUAGAAAAUCGAAUGAAAGGUUGCAAAGAGCUGAAUAUAUCGAACUGGAAAGUUUCAGACAUUCAAUGUGUUUUGCGUAGGCUGGCUGAAUCAUGUCCAGAAUUAGUUGGAAUAACGUUGUCAGGUUGGAAAGGUUUUACGUCAGAACAUUUAAAUUUUUUGGUAAAAGAAUUCAAAAGCUUAGAACGCAUUGACUUAAGUUCAAUUAAUGUGGAACUACACCCUAACAGGAGUGGGGUUGCUCUUCAAACGUUGUGUUUUGCAAUUCAAACAUUAGGGGAGAGAUUAACUCAUUUACACUUAGCACAUAAUCGUUUAGCUGGUGUGCCGCAAAUCAUCACAACAUUAUCGACUUAUUGCCCAAAUUUAUUGUUGUUGGAUUUAUCAAACGUCCAAACUGUAGCUAUUUCACAUGGAAUUUUACAUAUUGAAAAACUGCAAAAGGGUUGCCAAAAAUUGAAGAUUUUACGUAUUACAAAUUCGCAUAUUGCAUUAAGUGGAGUUUCCUUACAAGAGCAGAUGGAGUCCCCAGGUUUCCCAGAAUUAGAAGAGUUGUCUGUUGCUUCAUUUCAAGAAUCACGUUUAAUUAACGACGAAUUUCUUCAAAGAAUACUAAAAACUAGUACAAAAUUGAAGCUAUUAGACGUAAGAGGAUGUGCGCGAUUAACACAUGAUAGUUUAAUAAGAUUACCAGCUUGGGAUUUAAAGUAUUUAUUUUUAUCUGGAUGUUCUGUCACGCGGGAUGUUGGAUCUGGUUUGGAACUAAUAGCGUCAAAAUGGGCUCACAGCUUAAUUGAAUUUGAUUUAGCUUGGGCAAAUGUAAAAGAAUCACUGGAUAAUGCCCUCAAAGCUUUGGCAGAAAAGGGCAUUGAAUCUCCAUUAACAAAUUUGAAUUUGUGUGGAUCAUCGGUAUCUGAAGAAGCUGUGAAAGAAAUUUUAGCUAAUUGUCCAUUAUUAUAUUCCAUUAACUUAUCGUCAUGUCGCGGUCUGCCACGUGGUGUAAAACGAUUCAUAAAUGGACCACAAUUAAAAGAGUUACGAGAUGUUCUUAAGGUAACAUUAAAAGUAUCACAGAAUGCAGAUACAUCUUCACAUUAAUUUUUAUCCAAAACGAAGAAUUUUACAUAUAUUGUUGAAUAGAUAAAUAGAGAAUAAUAAUUAUUUAAAUAAGAAAAAAAAUAUAUUGAUAAUUAGGAUUUUUAAGAGCACACAUUAACAAACAAAACAAGAAAUAGGUUAAAAUUUAAGGAAAUAAAUGAAAAACAUGCAAUGUGAACCACAGGUUGGAGAAACAUUUAAAAUAUGAAUAAUUUUCUAAAAUAAAAAUAUGCUAGUGUAUAAGUUAAGCACUAUUAUAAUUAUUAUUUAAAGAGAUUAAUUAGAAAUUUCAUUAAAAUAAUGAAAUGUGUAUUUGUUCAGAAUUAUAUUAAAAUAUAUAUUUUUUAAAAAUAAAUUAAGUAAAAGACCAACCAAUUUGAUUGUAUAAUUAAUACAAAAAAAAAUGUAUUUUUAAUUCAUAAAAUCAAUGUACAAUUUGUUUAUUUUAUAAUUUUAAAUUUGUG